CUCUUAUUUAUCCACUUUUGUUAUGUUUAUCCAAAAACCGGAAUAAAUACAUUUCUUUUUUCUAGUAGUAUUUUUAUAACUUAAAAGUGUGAUACUUUCAUUACUGUUAACACUUACUGGUGUUAUAAACAUGAAUAUGUAUAGCCUUUCUCCUAAUGAGGUGUGCAAUUAGAUUGCGAUUAGACAACCAUAUCAGUUUAGCAAUGUGUAUCUAGUCAAACCAUUCCGUCCUGCAAGACAGCCUGCACAACAGCAGCGACCGGGGCAUGAUCCGGGGCAUGAUGAAGGGUGUGUGGGCUUAAAGAUUGGGUCAGGUCCAACAACAAUACCUACCACCCCCCCGUAUUCCGUCCGUCGGUUGUUUGCCGUUCCGCGGUACACGCGGCCUUUCGCCGCGUUGCCACUCGCGUAGACUAUAUUGCUAUGCGAGCACAUACCGGACGCAUUCAAUGGCGGGAUUCCACACCAUUCGCACGCCACUGCAGAGCGGAAAAGCCACGCGGCGGCAAACCACCAGUGUUUCGUCUCGUUGUGUGAAACGGUACCGACGGUGUUAGUAGUGGUGAGUAACAACAGCGACUGUAGUGGGUGCUAGCCACAGGUGAUCCAGAAAACGAAACCAAUUCCGCAUUGUUCCGCACUGCUGCACCAUUCAACCGCCGCACACAGACCGCCGACCAACCGCACCAGGUGGAUGAUCUGGUUUUUUUUUUAUUUGCUGGAGGGAAAGUGUCUUAAGCAGAAGGCCACUCACCACGAGUCUCGACGUGCUCAACAAAAACUAGUUGCGGAGCGUUGAUAUUUGCUUGAACAACAAUAUUUCCAAGCAGCGAAACGCCGAAGGUGCGAGAAGUUUUUGCCGAUUCUUGAAGCCAGAUAGCCCAGCUGUAAGCGACCAAGCUAACGAUGUAUAUUGCGGGUGUUGAAGGUGGUGCAACACAUUCCACGUUGGUGAUCUGCGAUGAGGCGGGUCAGGUGGUAGGUCGUGCUAAGGGUCCAAGCACAAACCAUUGGGCCGUUGGUAUACCGGGCGUUGCGGAACGGAUCGAUGCAAUGGCCCGUGCCGCUAAGGCGGAAGCGAAUCUACCGGUGGACCAGCAGCUGACCGCGGUCGGACUAUGCUUGAGCGGUGCCGAAGCGGAAGAAACGAACCGCGAGCUGGAGACGUAUCUUCACACGCACUAUCCGACGGUGGCGGAACGGUACGUGGUGUGCAGUGAUACGGUGGGUAGCAUUCAGGCCGUCUCGAAUCUCGGCGGUAUGGUGAUCAUUGCCGGUACCGGAUCGAACACGCUGUUACGCAACCCGGACGGUAGUACGCACGGUUGCGGUGGUUGGGGUCACAUGAUCGGUGAUGAAGGUGGUGCUUGGUGGAUUGCACGGAACGCAAUCAAGACUGUGUUCGAUCAUCGGGACAAUUUGAAACGUUCCAAGCACCCGAUCGAACGGGUCUGGCAGCUUAUUCAGGAACACUUCGGUGUGCGAACGUUGCACGAUCUGCUCGAUCACAGCUACGGGCGGUUCUGCAAGACGGCGUACGCUGGUCUGUGUGCGAAGCUGGCCCGUGCCGCACUGGACGAGCGUGAUCCACUCUGCCGCAAGCUGUUCGACGAGGCCGGCCAAUCGCUUGCCCGGUCUGUGUGUGCGCUGCAGGAUAAAAUUUCUCCCGAACUGUUGCGCCCAUCGGCUACCGGUUCAUCCUCCGCACUGCUCGACAUCGUGUGCGUCGGUUCGGUGUGGCUUAGCUGGGACCUGCUACGUGACGGGUUCGUCUCCGAGCUACGGUUGCAAGCGUUCCCGCACGAUCUGCGCCUGCUGCGCCUUACCACGACAAUGGCGCUCGGAGCCGCCUACCUAGCAGCGGACACGUACAAGCUAUGCUUACCGCGCGACUACACCGGCAACUAUGACGUCUUCUACACGUACCGGGCGGUUGCGAACGAGAACGGAAACGGUAACGCAACGGACCAUAAAACAAACGGUCGAAGCUAAAAAAAAACAAACGCUCGAAAUGGGGCUUUUUGUUUGUUUUGUGUUCUCCUCUAUAAAGUUUCCUUCCAUUCGCUCUACGCUACGAGAUUGAGAUUCGAUACAGUGUGAUACAAAGUGUGGGUUGUCUAUAGCAGUAAUAGUAGUAGUAGUAGGUUGUAGUAGUACGCAUUGUGAAUACGGCAAACGAUUUCAAAACAAGUCCAACAGAGACCUGAUGUAAGUGGCGCAUUCAAGUGUGUGUUUUUCUCAUGUUUUCCAAUUUAAUUAGUAAAUUUUGUGUUAUUGAUAUAGCAUAGCGAGUUGCUAAUAUGGCAGAAAAAAAACCGAGCUUGCCUGGAGACACAUCUGUAUUUUAUUCCCAAGUAUUCCCAACGAGCCAACGAAGAGGUUUACGCUGAAUGCCACCCUUUUCAUACUGAAUGUGAAUGUUUUUUGUUAUCCAUCACGUGUACGAUUGCUUUUUUUUUAGAUCUUUUAGCCAAAACCCGAUAUCUAACGCAUCUUAUAAGACCGAUUCCAAUCUUAUUGGUACUAGAGUGUGUUGUUGUAAAGGUGUAAUUUUUUUUUAUUGAGUCAAUAUAAAUCUCAUCUAUCACAUCUAUUAAAAAAAAAUUCAA